CAGCCGUCUAUCGUUAUCGGAGCGAAUAUUUUUGUUUGCAAAGAAAUAAUAACAAUGGGUGGCCCAGAACUUCCCUCGGAUCCUGGUCAUGAGGUAUUCCCAACGCCAGCAGUUGACCAUCCUCGGGUGGGAGCAGAGAGUGAGGAGAGCGACGAUCCGGAUGCAUAUGAGGGCUAUCAACCACUGGCCAUGGAUGAGGGAAACGAGGGAAUAGCAAGCGAGGAGACUAGGGUGCAGGCACCACAAGCCGAGGAUGGAAAUGCGGACGAGGAUAUUGAUUUACUCAACGCUCCUGUGACACAUGGCGACCCCAAUAUGCCGCCUAUCGAGACUGCAGAUGUGGAAAUCGAACGACAGGUGUGGAACGAACCCAGGCCCAAGGAGUUACAAAUAGAGCUGGACAAAACGCGAACCGAGCAAAUCCUCAAAGCUAUGUCCACUAUUACCUUGCCCAACAUCACAGUACCUGAUUGGGCCAAGGGUGUUCCUGAGGAUCGAUGGAAACUAGAGCUACUCGAUCGAAUAAAUAACCGGCAGCGUCCAUCAGGGCCGGAUUCCUCGGCAACAGAAAAGCCGCAGCAUUCCAAGGCUCAUAUAGAUUAGAGUUUAUUGUUGUUUAUUUAAAAAAAGCUUUUUCCAAUAUAUAUAUAAUUUAGACAGAUCCUAAAAA